GCACAAAGUGGAGGUAAGUGGAGAGACUUUAAAUAUCACCACGCGCGCAACCGCUUGAUCAAUCAGUCCUAGCUGGCCGCGCUCGUGAUGUAUCGUUGGCAGAUAUUCGCGCUACUGCUGCUGUCGAUCGGCGGUGUCAUUAGCAUGACACUCGGCAGCGUGUUUCAAGUGUUCUCCGUACCCUUGGAUACGCUGGACGUCGGCGGCUACUGUGAUCGAUUAGCGAGUCAGCUGGAGGCGACGGGUACGUCGAUUAUUGUGCUACAAGUUGGCCGGCCCAGCCAGGCGUUCGAAAUUGUUGCGGGCGAUAGUGCAAACACGACGCGAACUUCGAGCUGUGAGUUUUUGGACAGUGACAAUGGUACGAGCGAAGAGGAUGCGAGUGUGAAGGAUCAUAUUGUGCAGCAAAUACACGACAGUGUGGUUGAGGUGAUAAAGCAUCGCAUUGUGGAGUACAUAACCGUGCUCACCGUGGACGGUGAAUACCUGCUGACCCUUGAGCGAACCGGUGACUUUGAAGAACCAAUUGCACUCGAGCCAAAGUUUGGCGGUGUGAGUGCGAAGGAGAAGCUUCUCCUAUCGCUUGUCGGUGGUGGCAGCGGUGGGCGUAUUAAGAGUUUCGAGCCAGUGAAAAAACCUGAGCCUUAAUUUCAACCCUCCUGUCAACGUGAUGGCAACGGAAUCACCGCACCGUCCUCUGCCCAGUGCCGGUGACUUUCGGCCUCGGAAAGAUCGGCCACACCACACCGGGACCGGGGUCUAAUCUUCAUCUAAUCCCGUCCACCAAACCAAACCAAACCGUCCAAAGUACACCCCCACCGAAAGACAAACAAAUCCAAUUAUAAUUUAUUACAACAAGCGAUAACAUAUAGCCAUACACUUCCGGCAGGCUUUAAAUCGUCACAUUUGUGCUGAGAAAGGGAAGAGGGCGUUCCUCUCAAUCGCUGGAAAACUUGCGCCGGUAAACUUCGAAUAAAUAUUAGCCCAUGCCCGAGAUAGGUUGCGCCUCUCGGCUGCCUGUCCAGGUCGAGA